CUCAAAGUUCAGUAUAAGAUUCCAAUAGUAAUGGCCGAAGGUAGCAAACCCGAGGAACUUGAAGUGUAUGACUGCUGGAUUAGGAUGCAGAAAGGGUCACAGUUGAUGAAACUAACAGGAAAAGCAGGCGAAAAAGGACGAAAACCACAGAAAAAGACUUUCCUUCUUGAUGAGAGAAGGAUUUCCAUCCACUAUGAGCCGACCAAGAAAAAACUCAUUAGAUAUGAGAUCGCUCAGAUAACCGACAUCCAGGCAGGUGAUGAGGUCAAGAGUAUCUUUGGUGAUCUGGGCAAGAAAUACCCACUAAACACAUGUAUAUCGAUCAAGUUCGGUGAUGACAAGACUCUUGACCUGAUCGCUUCAUCUGAAUGUGAAGCCGAUGUGUGGAUUUAUGGCCUGAAGACCUUAAUCGAUAACAAAAACAACAUCAAAAGAGAUCAAGCUCUUCGACAAAAAUGGCUGAUCGAUGCGUUUGAAAGGUUUGACAAGAAUAAAGAUGGCUCUCUCAGUGUCAAUGAAGUAACUAAACUAUUGAAUGGUCUCAAUGUCAACAUGACGCCCAAGACAAUCAAGAAGAAAUUUAAUGAAGCCAACACACAAGGUGGCGAUUCUGUAUUGGAUAAAGAAGAGUUUGCUGAGUUCUUCAAAUCGAUUGUUACUCGGGAAGAGAUCGUAGAGAUCAUGAAGACAUCACCGAAUAGAACUCACAUGAACAUCCGGGACCUACAGGAUUUCCUGGAAAGAGAACAAGGGAUGAAGGAUGUGACCACACAGUACUGUGACAUCAUCAUAGACACCUACGAACCUACUGAAGAUGGACAGGAAGCAAGAGAGCUUGGUAUUGACGCUUACUACUUUCCCGAGAGUGCGACAUCUUUAAUUUUAACCACGACAAGCUCUACCAAGACAUGACGCAACCUAUGUCACAUUAUUUCAUYGCUUCAUCACAYAACACGUAUCUACUGGAAGAUCAGCUACGMGGACCAUCAAGCGUGACUGCAUACAUUAAUGCAUUAAAGAAAGGUUGUCGCUGUGUAGAGCUCGAUUGCUGGGACGGUGAUCAUGACGAGCCUAUAGUCUACCAUGGUCAYACUCUUACUUCUAAAAUCAAGUUUAGAGAUAUCAUCGAGGCUGUUGAUAAACAUGCUUUUGAAGURUCAGAAUACCCCGUCAUUCUGUCGCURGAAAACCACUGUAACCUUGAAAACCAGAUAGCAAUGGCUGCUCAUCUUGAGAGAAUUCUUGGUGAUAAGUUAUUUAAAGACCCAGUAGAUCCUACUCUCAAAAUGUUACCAUCGCCUGAUGCACUGAAAAAUAAAAUACUAAUAAAGGGCAAAAAACUCAAACCAGAACAAGAAGCAGAAGACACUGGAGAAGGCGACGUUUCAGAUGAAGACGAGGCUGGUGACAUCGACCCUGACCUCAUCAAAGGAUCCGCUACAGAUGGGGGUGGGGAGGGGUCAGCAACUCCUGCUGCGGCUYCAAAAYCUGAUAAAGAACCUAGAGAGAAAAAGAAAAGACCGAGUGGAAUACGGCACUCUUUCCGCGCCGUUGGUCGAGCCGUUCGCAGAGUUAAAUCUCCUGCUGCUCAGAAAAAUAGCAAAGACAAAAGCAAAGUUAAACUGGCAAAAGAACUCUCACGCUGUGUCAAUUACAUCAGUAGCGUCGGAUUUAAAAACUUCCAGCACUCCAAGGAAAACGCCAAGUUCUACCAAAUGUCAUCCUUUGCUGAGUCAAAACUGAUGAACUUCGCCGAAAACAAAACAGCAGCUUUUAUCGACUACAACAAAAGACAAUUGUCCCGCACAUAUCCCGCGGGUAAUCGGGUCGAUUCCAGCAAUUACAAUCCACAGAGUGGAUGGAAUGCGGGAUGUCAAAUUGUUGCACUGAACUACCAGACAGACGGAGAAAUGAUGCACAUAAACCAGGGAAGGUUCAGACAGAACAACAAGGCAGGCUACGUACUGAAACCCGAGUAUAUGAGAGAUGAGUCGAUHAGUUAUGACCCUAAGCAUCCACCAACACAAAGAAAGACGCUUAAAAUCCACUUAAUCAGCGGUCAGCAGCUGCCGAAACCAGCAGGGCACAGCGAGAAGGGGGAGGUAAUCGAUCCGUAUGUAGAAAUCAAAAUCUAUGGUGUGAGUAGCGAUCAGGCAACGUUCAAGUCCAAAGUCGUCAAAGAUAAUGGUUUCAAUCCAAAAUGGAAUCUUCACGUGGAAAAAGACUUGCACGUACCAGACAUUGCCAUGUUACGAUUCGCUGUUUACGAUGAGGAUGUUGGUGUCGAUGAUUUCAUUGGCCAAUUCUGUCUUCCAAUAACCAAUCUACAAACAGGUUAUCGACAUGUUCACCUGUUAGACAUGAAAGGAGCACCAAUCCCYAACGCGACCAUAUUUGUUCACGUGACCCUAGAAAACACGAGCCAAUCAAAGAUUGACAAGGAACGCGAACACAAACAGGAAUGGAACAACAAUCCAGCAUCACCAACCAUGUCGUAAUCCAAUACACGCAGCACUUUAUUUAUCAAAUCAACWAGACUCGAAAACAGCAAUGAACAGCUCACAAAGGAUUAUGGGAGUAUGAGGACAAUAAUUGCACAUGAGUGAAAGUCCUUAUUUGGAUAUUGUUUGCAACUAGGUAAUAUAAUCAACACAGGUAUCCCAAUGUGCAUAUACAUCAGAAAUAGCAUMUAGCCGAGGUACUUCCCUCGGGCCACUUUCUUUUCAUACUGUUAUYGUGUCUAAGAGAAAAUGAGCUAUUUUCGUCGUGUUCUACGGAUAUUCUACUUAGAUUCUUCAUACGUCCUUUUUUACGAACUUUCUGGUUUCCCUCCUCAUAUUUUUGCUCAUGUUUCCUGCGUUGCUUAUCAUCUUGUCCAUUUGUAUUAAAUCUCAUAACUCAGUCCUUUCAUGUCCAUUCUUAUGUGUUUUCUGUGCUCUUUGACAUACACUUUCUCAUGGCCUUUCUCGUGUCUUCUUCUUACUCAYUGUCAGUCUCAUGAUUCUUCUAAUGCCCACUUCCCAUGUUUUCUUCCCGUAUCCGUUCUCAUGUGUCUACUGCUGUCUCAACUCAAACUUCUUUUCGCCUUUUUCGCAUGUCUCCAUAAGCUCGGCUUAGGUCUCCUCUCAUAGUCGUGUACAGCUCCUUGUCGUAUCUUUCAUACAGUCUCUCCCAUGCCCUGCUGCUAUGAUCAUUUCAUUUCUAUUCUCAAGUCCUGUACUUUUCACAAACAAAAUUCAAUUUACAAAUUUUGCGUGACUAGUAGAGAUGGCUCCACGUGUAUAUGUGCUWUGGAAAUCUUAUAACAUAAGAUACUAAGAUAAUAUUUGAAUCGUCCAUCGAUCUCCCAUCACCUUUUGUGGCAGUUUAUUUCUAGUUUCUGAUUGUAAAAACUCUUUCUCAAGUCUCAAAUCUCAAGAUGUGAAUACAACAGAGAAUGUCAUUAUUCUCUGGGAUGAUAUAAAAAUUAGAAAUAUCAAAUUAAUAAUGGAAAUACAAAUGAUACGAUAAAAAUAUAUGUAUUUAAUUAAUGGGGUUUUGCGCAAAACUGGAUCGUCUAAAACUCGAAAAUAAGGGAAACAAACUCAUAUGCAAAGUCACUUUAAAGUCUAGUGGGUGAAAAUCAGAAGAACGAUCAAUAUUGUAUAGCUCUGUGAAUAUAUCAGYAGCCCCGUUACAACAGACGAGACUGCUAGGAUGGACUGUUUGCAAUAUUGAAACCUUAUGUUUUCCAAGAUACGUAAAACGUGAAGGUAACUAAUAAAGAGCUAUUACAGAAGGCGUUGAUUAUAUACGGGAUAUACUGCAAUACCGAGAUGUAUUGCUGGUCUCUGGUGAAAACGAAUUUCAUUCAUUCCACCUCUGUGCUUUCGAUGGAAAAGAUUUAGUUACAGCAAUGCAUUACAGUAUUGGAAAUGUUCAAUACUCAACGUUUUUUGUUUUAGUUGUUUAAUAAGACUUCUGUAGAUUAAUGUCCGUAGUGUAGAUGAAUUAAAUUUUCAGGUUUCCUUAAUGAUUUUUUCUUAUUAAGAAGACAUAAUCAUGAUUUAGUUGUAAUACUUUAGACCUAGUAUCUGUCUGAGAGAGGGACGGAUCUAAGGGCUGUAAGAGGGGUGCCAAGGGGUGCUCCCAAUUUUGGGAAAAACCUGCUUGAAUUCAUAAAGAAAUACACRAUCAUAUGAUAUGUAARAUCAGACCGACAGACAGAYCAACUCAAAAUUUAUAGACGUGCCCCCACCCCCAACCCACAAUUUCUUGAUCCGCCCUUUUCAGACAUUACAAUGUCUGUUGUAUARAGGUUCUCCUUCCCAGUCAUAUAUACUGCAUUCAAUCAUUUCGUUGUAUGGUAACUAAACAUAUAUCGKUCGAUCCCUUUUUGUCGCAAGUAAAAUAUAAACUAUCCAGGGAUAUAAAAUAUUGAUCGAUUAGUUUUGAUACAUUUUUAUACGUGAUUUACGCAUGUACGAGUAUAUAAGAUAUUUGUAUUAUUUGAUAGUAAAUUAAUUCACAAGUUCAGCAAUAAAAUGAUAUGGUAACUUUGA